UUCCUUUCUCGUUCCUUCUCUGGGGCUGGCGGCGUAGAGGGGAGAGGAAUUGGGGGUUGAGGAAUGGGGAAUAGUCUUGAUUUGCUUGGUGAGAAAACGGGUUGGUAGCGUGAACGGUGACGGCAUUCGGAGAAUGCCUGCGCGGCGUUUGUUUGUGUCAGGGGCUGUGCCUGCACAGACGUUUUCCACCCUGUUUGUCGUCAGCGUGUUUUACAAGCCCUCGGGAAGGUUGUGGGAUUUGUCCUUUCAUACAUUGCAUAAUCUGCCCACGGUGAAAUGUUGGCAAGGAUUGCGGGCUGAUGUGGGAAUAUGCGCGUAUGUGUGCAAUGAUUUGGUAAUUGAGGCGCAGCGUUGGAUAUUAGAUCGUUAUUUACGUCUAUAUUACGUCCCAAAUAAACAGGUUUUAAAAAGAUACUACGAAACCUAAAAGCAAGAAUUGCUCGGGUUGAAUUCUGAUCUUGGGUACUACUGGGGUUCGCCCUUUCAAUGUUCUCAGCUGUUAUUUUUAAAUCUGGGACGAACCAUUGUGACGUUUACCUCCCCACCUUCCUAAUUUUAAUGCAUUCCAUUCGAUCAGCCCUUUUUCUCACCUUAUUGUCAUCGCUUUUUCAGACACGACAAGACAAAUCACAUAAUAGUUUCCUGGAAAUGUUGCAUUAUGUAACUGCCGAAUUUGCUGGCAGUGAGCAUAGAGAGGGAGCUAAUUACGUGAUUUUAUAAUCUUGCUACAAAGAAAGUAGGACAGUCUCAGCCUUUAAGAAUGUCACUAUAACAGUUUUUUUUUUUCUUAAGGAUAUUUUAAACAGGAAAGUAGACAACCGGGUAAGCAUGGAGUUUGCUCAUGCUGCCGAAUGUGUGUCUUUUGCCCUAAAUGAAACGCGCGUUCUUCUAAAUUUAGCCCUAUCACAUUUUAACAAUUGUGGCCUCGCAGUGCUAUUUCUGGUGUUUUCUCUAGGGCUGUGUGCAAAUACAAGUUCAAGGCCAUUUGCUGUAGUUUUAACUACACGCCUUCGGAGACCUUUGAUAAGAUUGUAUUUUUAGGAAGGCAUUUCGCAGCGCCCGGUGAUUUGCUGGAUGCUGGCUCCCAUUUAUGUUUUUAAAGGACACUUUAGGAAACUGCUGUUCUCUGAGAACAGCGGGGAAUGGUCAAGUGCCAUCUUCUGUUCUUGGCUUUUGUAAAUAACAACAGUAAGUGAGGUCAGAAGUAUUUAUUUACCCCCAGAUCAGAUAUGACCAAUGGGAAACAGAUAUAGAUAACCACGGAGGCCCAGCUUCAUUCAAUAAGGAGCCUGAAGGAUUUAUCCCAGACAGUAGAACAAAAGGAAGAAUAUUGAUGGAUUUUAAACCAGAGUUUUUAAAGAGCUUGAGAAUACGGGGAAAUUAAUUUGUUCUCCUACACGCAUCUAUAGGGGAAGGUUGUUUCUGAUGCAGCUGAGAAAAAUGCAGACCAUCAAAAAGGAGCAGGCAUCUCUUGAUGCCAGUAGCAAUGUGGACAAGAUGAUGGUCCUUAAUUCUGCUUUAACGGAAGUAUCUGAAGACUCCACAACAGGUGAGGAGCUGCUUCUCAGUGAAGGAAGUGUGGGGAAAAACAAAUCUUCUGCGUGUCGGAGGAAACGGGAGUUCAUUCCUGAUGAAAAGAAAGAUGCUAUGUACUGGGAAAAAAGGCGGAAAAAUAAUGAAGCUGCCAAAAGAUCUCGUGAGAAGCGUCGACUGAAUGACCUGGUUUUAGAGAACAAACUAAUUGCACUGGGAGAAGAAAACGCCACUUUAAAAGCUGAGCUGCUUUCGCUAAAAUUAAAGUUUGGUUUAAUUAGCUCCACAGCAUAUGCUCAAGAGAUUCAGAAACUCAGUAAUUCUACAGCUGUGUACUUUCAAGAUUACCAGACUUCCAAAUCCAGUGUGAGCUCAUUUGUGGAUGAGCACGAACCCUCGAUGGUGGCAAGCAGUUGUAUUUCUGUUAUUAAACACUCUCCACAAAGCUCACUGUCCGAUGUUUCUGAAGUGUCCUCGGUAGAGCACACGCAGGAGAGCUCUGUGCAGGGAAGCUGCAGAAGUCCUGAAAACAAGUUCCAGAUUAUCAAGCAAGAGCCGAUGGAAUUAGAGAGCUACACAAGGGAGACGAGAGAUGACCGAGGCUCUUACACAGCAUCCAUCUAUCAAAACUAUAUGGGGAAUUCUUUUUCUGGAUACUCACACUCUCCCCCACUACUGCAAGUCAACCGAUCCUCCAGCAACUCCCCGAGAACGUCGGAAACCGACGAUGGUGUGGUAGGAAAGUCAUCUGAUGGCGAAGAUGAGCAACAGGUCCCCAAGGGCCCCAUCCAUUCUCCAGUCGAACUCAAGCAUGUGCAUGCAACGGUGGUUAAAGUUCCAGAAGUGAAUUCCUCUGCCUUGCCACACAAGCUCCGGAUCAAAGCUAAAGCCAUGCAGAUCAAAGUAGAAGCCUUUGAUAAUGAAUUUGAGGCCACGCAAAAACUUUCCUCCCCUAUUGACAUGACAUCUAAAAGACAUUUUGAACUCGAAAAGCAUAGUGCCCCAAGUAUGGUACAUUCUUCUCUUACUCCUUUCUCAGUGCAAGUGACUAACAUUCAAGAUUGGUCUCUCAAAUCGGAGCACUGGCAUCAAAAAGAACUGAGUGGCAAAACUCAGAAUAGUUUCAAAACUGGAGUUGUUGAAAUGAAAGACAGUGGCUACAAAGUUUCUGGCCCAGAGAAUUUGUAUUUGAAGCAGGGGAUAGCAAACUUAUCUGCAGAGGUUGUCUCUCUGAAGAGACUUAUAGCCACACAACCAAUCUCUGCUUCAGACUCUGGGUAAAUUACUACUGAGUAAGAGCUGGGCAUUUAGAAAGAUGUCAUUUGCAAUAGAGCAGUCCGUUUUGUAUUAUGCUGAAUUUUCACUGGACCUGUGAUGUCAUUUCACUGUGAUGUGCACAUGUUGUCUGUUUGGUGUCUUUUUGUGCACAGAUGAUGAUGAAGAUUAGAUUGUGUUAUCACGCUGCCUGUGUAUAGUCUAAUAGUCCAUGCAAAGGCUGUAUAUAUUGAACAUUAUUUUUGUUGUUCUAUUAUAAAGUGUGUAAGUUACCAGUUUCAAUAAAGGAUUGGUGACAAACACAGAA